ACAGGAGAACAAGUCAGAAAAAUGUUGCCGAACAUAGCAUAAUGGACCAAACAUCUUCAUCUUCCAACCACGACCCCCGCUACGACUUCAUAGGAUCUUACGCUGUCAAAUCACUAAAACUUAAACCUGAAAAAUGGACGCGUGCCUUGGGAUUAGAAGAACAUCGUUCCAUAUUAAAGGACUUCGUGGACCAACCUUUUCCACUCCUCUUAGUUGUAGUUUUGACUCAUGCAAACCAAUUAGUUCCUGUCAUAUCUUUUCCUUGUUAUUUGAAGAAUAAAGCAGUUUAUUUCGUCAAGAAGAAGGCAGAUGUCGUCCCUAAAGAAAAUUGCUCGCAUAUGCUCGUCUUUGGUGACUUAGCACCAAGACUAAUAGAUGAAUUGGCUGCACUAGUAGACGAAGUUUUUGUUCCUCUCUUGUCCAACCCCCUCAAUCACGAAGGAUGGCCACUAGUUGUAUCACAAGACAUCCUAAAGCAAAUACACAAUCUCAAAAGCACCGUUUACGAGGUGAAGGGUAAAGUGAAUGGCCAGACAGUUUUACCUAUGCCUGUGGGGGUAGAACUGGUGCACGAUGCGGAGAAGGAACUUCUGAAAGGGAAGGAGGUAGACUUGUAUUUGAAGAGCGCGAUAGAGGGCGUGGUGAUCAAAUGGGCCCAGCAGAUCAACGACGUCAUGAUGGACGACCCUGCGCAGGCCUUUGAAAAUGGACAGAAUCCUGUGCCGUCUGUUGAACUGCAUUUCUGGAGGUCGAGACUAAGCAACUUGAACAACAUCUACGAUCAGCUGCGCACCGAACGCGUCCGUUGCAUGGCCGUCAUAUUGGAGAAGACCACCUCUGCGUACUACCCCUGCUUUAGCCGCUUGUUCAAGAACAUCGUCUCUGCUUUAGCAGAAGCAAGAGAAAUAGACCUUUACUUGCGUACUCUGGAAAGACAUUUCAAAGCUUUGGAGGAUACUGAUUUCACUGAAUGUCAGUCGUUAUUUGGUCCUCUCUUUCAUGUCAUAUGCAUGAUUUGGAGGGACUCCAAAUAUUACUGCAGUUCCUCAAAACUGAUGGUUUUAUUGAGACAAAUUGCAAAUUUGCUUAUUUACCAGGCAAAGAAAUGCCUAGAUCCAAGCACGUUGUUCCAUAGCGACAUUGACGAAGCCACGUUACGUAUCGAUUUGACUAUAAAAAUACUGAAGAAGUUCCGAGCAACAUUCGAUUACUUCAAAGAUAAAUUACCAGAAUAUUUCGUUGACAGAAGAGUCAUUCCAUGGACAUUCCAUCCAAACGUAGUCUUCGAGAGAUUGAACAAGUUUAUGGAUCGCCUUAAUACUAUUCAAUGGUUUUUCCAAACGGUAUUAGAAUUUCAAAAGUUAGAAAAAAUUGAAAUUGGGGGUAUGAAAGGACGAGUCUUAGGGGGCCAAAUAAGGGAAAUAUCAGCGGAAUUUGAAGCAUUCUUUCACGGAUUUGCCUCCAAAUCCUAUGACGUUUUAGAUCCUGAUGAUGACACUUUUAAUUUGGACUUCAAAGAUUUCCAGCAGAAUAUAGUCGAAUUGGAUUUAAAAUUGUCAACAGUGUUAGUGGAAUCAUUCGAUAAUUGUUCAACUUUAGAAGCUAUAUUCAAGUUAAUCGACAUUGUCGGGUCAGUUUUAGAUCGACCCCUAAUUAAAAGCCAAUUCACAGCUAAAUAUUCCGACAUAAUUGUUAUGCUCGACAAGGAGAUGGGCACUUGUGAAGACCUUUUUACGGAGCAGACAAAUAGACUGCAGAAGUACGGCAUGAUGGAAGUUGACGCGUACAUGCCGCCGGUGGCGGGGGGGUUGCUGUACAUGUCGAUGCUAGCAGCGAGGAUCACGAAGCCUGUAGCUAGCUUUCGCUAUUUGCCGCACCCGAUAAAGGAUUCGGAUGAAGCACUGAAACUGUUCGAGAGAUAUGAUAUACUCAUAGAGAAAAUUAAAGAAUUCAAACAGAAAUAUUUCAAGGACUGGACAGAAACUAUUCCUAAAAUUAUUGAGCUGAAGACAAAUAAUAAAAUCGUCGCUCGUCAAGGAUCUGACCUAGUCUUAAACUUCAGUCCUUUGCUAUUAGACGUUUUAAAAGAAGUACAUCAUUUGCGUAGAAAUCCAGAUUUCAAAGACAUGUUGCCACCAGAAAGUCUAAAAAUAUUUGAACGACAAGAGACUUUCAGGCAAUACAGGAUAAAUCUAGGAAUUACAAUUGAUUGGUACAAUCAGAUCAGAAAAAACAGUCAAAAGGUCGAAUUUGAUCUGGUUGAGGAUGAAAUUAAAGCCAUCGAUCAACGCAUUGAAAAAGCAAUGCAUCAGCUGAAUUGGAACUCACCAAAUCUUUGGGAUCAGUUGGAAGAACUACACACUUUAGUCGGAAAUUUAUAUCAGAGAAUGUCAAGGAUACAGGAGAACUUAAAAGAAAUAAAACAUGUGAUGAAAGAAUGGUCGGUUCUACCAUUAUUUGAAAGAAAAGAAGGAAAGAAAGACACGUUGCUGAACCUAGAUGAUCGAGAUGAGAGGAAGAAUAAACGUUAUUCAGAUAUCACUGAGACUGACAAUCGCAUAAAAGAGCUUCUUAAAGAGAACAUGGAGUUAUUCAACAUGCAGGAUAAUCAGGAAAGUGAAAAUUGGGUCAACUAUGUUUCUUUUAUAGACAGCCUGAUGGAAGAAUCACUGUUCAAAUCCAUUGCUUGCAGCAUGGGAUAUAUAGCAGAACAUAUGAAUCCAAAUAACAAAUUGGCUCCGCUAUUUGAAGCUCAACUGGAAUUGUUGGAACCGGACUUGGUAUUCUCUCCAAGUUUGGAGCCUUCACACGAGAAGGGAUUCACAGCUAUGCUCCAGAGCAUAAUUGAUGAUAUCCUACAGAUGUCGAAAUUGACUGAAAGGAUUUAUAAAAAGGAUUCCGUUAGUUACGAAAAUCAGAUCGCUGGUAGUGAAGAUAUUAUUGAAAUGAUGGAUGAGAUAUUGCACGCUAUUGAUAAGGUUAUCGAAGAUGCAAACGAUUUCUGCAAAUCAUUUGAAAACUACUCCUACUUGUGGCUUGAGGAAAGAGAUGCUGUCAUGGAGAUAUUCCUAACAUACGGUAGAAUACUCUCGCCAGAAGAAAUUGAUAAGAUCGGAAGUGAUGACAACGACGACCCUCCUCCCACGCCUUGUCCGCCGAAAAUGGAGGGAUUCAGAGAACAAAUAGACAAUUUUGAAAACCUUUUUUUGGAAAUUGAAGACAUGGAAUCUUAUCAAGUCUUCAACUGCUGGUUCCAGGUUGAUGUUAGACCGUUUCGCCAAGCUUUGCUGAACCUUGUAAGAAAGUGGGGCAAUAUGUACAAAGAACACCUGGUACAAAACGUGACGUCAAGUCUCAGUGACUUGGCGAACUUCAUUCGUAAAGCUGACGAAGGUUUACUUCAACCCGUACCUGAAGGGGAUUACGAUGCUUUGAUUGCGGUGAUGGGUUAUCUGAUGCACGUCAAGGAGAGGACUCUCACAACCGACGAGAUGUUCCAGCCGCUCCAAGAGACCAUUGAACUGCUCAAGUUCUAUGACAUGGACAUUCCUGAAGAAGUUAAUGUCUUGCUUCAGGAAUUACCAGAGAUGUGGCAAGCAACGAAGAAGCUAGCCGUUACUGUCAAGCAGCAGGUAGCUCCCCUCCAGGCAGCAGAGGUCAGUGGCAUAAGGAGGAAGAUAGCCACAUUUGACGCUCAUGUUACUUAUUAUAGGGAGGUCUUUAAGAGAUAUGAGUUCUUCAAAUAUGACUGUGAAGAUCCUUACGACGUCAUGUCUAGGGUGGACUUCGAGAUGCUGCACUUGGAAGAAGAGAUGAGGAGUAUUCAGGGGUCAGGGUCAUUGUUUGAGGUCAACGUGCCGGAGUUUAAGCUGCUCAAGCAGUGCAGAAAGGAAUUGAAGAUGUUAAAACAACUCUGGGAUUAUGUUUACAUUGUGAGGACAAGUAUUGAGGACUGGAAAACGACGCCGUGGCGGAAAAUAGAUGUCGAAAAUAUGGACAUUGAAUGUAAAAAGUUUGCAAAGGAGAUUAGGCUGCUGGACAAGGAGAUGAGAAGCUGGGAUACCUACAUCACCCUAGAGGCUACAGUGAAAAACAUGCUAACUUCACUGAGGGCCGUGGGUGAACUACAGAACCCGGCUAUUAGGGAGCGGCACUGGGACCAACUCAUGCGGUCUACUAAGAGCUUAGCCGCAUUGCCUGCAGAAGUCACUGUUAAAAUUGUGAUGGACACAAAUACAACUCUGGCGGACUUAUUAGCUCUAAACCUCCACGAAUGUGAGGAAGAAGUGAAGAAUAUAGUGGACAAAGCAGUGAAGGAAAUGUCCAUGGAGAAGGUGCUCAAAGACUUGGAUACUACUUGGAAAGGGAUGGAGUUUGAGCAGGAAAUACAUCCACGAACCAAAUGUGUAUUGUUGAGGGCCAGCGAAGAGCUGAUUGAAACUUUAGAAGAAAAUCAGGUCCAACUCCAAAACCUAAUAACCUCAAAAUUCAUCGCGCACUUUCUGGAAGAAGUGUCAGGGUGGCAGCAGAAGCUGUCGAUAGCGGAUCAGGUGAUCACGGUCUGGUUUGAGGUGCAGAGAACUUGGACACACCUGGAGAGCAUCUUCAUGAGCUCGGAGGACAUUAGGAAACAGCUGCCGGAGGACUCCGAAAGGUUUGACCGGAUCGAUAAUGAGUUUAAGAUUUUGUCAUCUGAAAUGGCUAAAACACCGAAUGUAGUAAAAGGGACCAACAAAGAAGGGUUGGUGGAAAAGCUGGACAAUCUACAGAAAGACCUGGUGAUUUGCGAGAAAGCCUUAUCCGAAUAUUUGGAGACCAAGAGAUUGGCUUUCCCGAGGUUCUAUUUCAUAUCCUCAGCAGAUUUGUUGGAUAUAUUGUCCAAUGGAAACCAAGCCGAACUCGUUAUUAAACAUUUGACGAAACUUUUUGACUCGAUCGCUAAGCUGAAAUUCAGAGAGAGCGACAAUCCGGCGGAGAAAACUUCUUUGGGCAUGAUAGCGAAGGACGGAGAAUAUGUGCCCUUUCAUGGUACUUGCGACUGUACUGGACCGGUUGAAAUAUGGCUGAACAGACUACAGGAUAUAAUGAGAUCAACCAUUCGCCAUUAUUUCGGGGAAGCUACAGUUUCCUACGAAGAGAAGCCUCGAGAACAGUGGCUCUUUGAUUUCAUGGCACAGGUGUCACUAUGCGGGUCUCAAAUCUGGUGGACGACGGAAGUCAACAUGGCGUUCGCGCGCCUCGAGGAAGGUUACGACAGCGCGCUCAAAGAUUACUACAAGAAGCAACUGGCUCAGCUGAGCACGUUGAUCACUUUGCUAAUCGGCGAGCUGAGCAAGCAGGACCGCCAGAAGAUCAUGACCAUCUGCACCAUCGAUGUGCACUCCAGGGACGUCGUCAGCAAGAUGAUCCAGGCCAAGGUCGAGGCCGGCAGCGCCUUCCAGUGGCAGUCGCAGCUUAGACACAGAUGGGACGAGACGGAAGUGCACUGCUUCGCGAACAUCUGCGAUGCGCAGUUCCAGUACAGCUACGAGUAUUUAGGGAAUACUCCGAGGUUGGUCAUCACGCCGUUGACUGAUCGAUGCUACAUCACCUUAACUCAGUCAUUGCACUUGAUUAUGGGAGGAGGGCCGGCGGGCCCGGCCGGCACGGGCAAGACUGAGACUACCAAAGAUUUGGGAAGGGCCCUGGGUAUCAUGGUGUAUGUGUUCAACUGUUCCGAACAAAUGGACUACCAGUCUUGCGGAAAUAUUUACAAAGGCCUGGCUCAGACAGGCGCAUGGGGUUGUUUUGAUGAAUUCAACAGAAUCUCCGUGGAAGUAUUAUCUGUGGUAGCUGUCCAAGUGAAAUCUGUACAAGAUGCUAUUAGGGACAAAAAACAAAAAUUUAACUUCAUGGGCGAAAUAAUAUCCCUAGUGCCGAGUGUCGGCAUCUUUAUCACCAUGAACCCAGGGUACGCCGGCCGCACAGAGCUGCCGGAAAAUCUAAAAGCUUUAUUUCGACCUUGUGCCAUGGUCGUUCCGGACUUUGAACUCAUAUGCGAGAUCAUGUUAGUGGCUGAAGGGUUCCAGGAAGCCAAGAUUUUGGCUAGGAAGUUCAUUACACUGUAUACUUUGUGUAAAGAGUUAUUGUCGAAACAAGAUCAUUAUGAUUGGGGAUUGAGGGCGAUAAAAUCGGUGUUGGUGGUCGCGGGAUCUUUGAAAAGAGGUGAUCCCGGUAGACCAGAAGAAGAAGUACUAAUGAGAACCCUUCGCGAUUUCAAUAUACCAAAAAUAGUUACCGACGAUAUGCCCGUCUUUAUGGGCCUGAUCGGAGACCUAUUUCCUGCCCUGGAAGUGCCUCGCAAACGGGACCUCGAGUUCGAAAGGACCGUCAAACAAGCCGCCAUGGACCUCACGCUACAACCCGAAGACAACUUCAUACUUAAAGUGGUCCAACUUGAAGAACUAUUAGAAGUCAGACAUUCUGUGUUCAUAGUUGGUAACGCUGGAACCGGUAAAACCCAAGUGUGGAAAACGUUGUUCAAAACUUACCAGAAUCUUAAGAAGAAGCCUCUGUUUAACGAUUUGAAUCCGAAAGCUGUGACUAACGAUGAGUUGUUCGGGAUUAUUAACCCGGCAACUAGAGAGUGGAAGGACGGGCUAUUCUCAGUGAUCAUGAGAGAUCAAGCGAACUUAGUUGGCGAAAAUCCGAAAUGGAUCGUUCUAGACGGUGAUAUAGAUCCGAUGUGGAUCGAAUCCCUGAAUACGGUGAUGGAUGACAAUAAGAUCUUGACGCUAGCUAGCAAUGAGAGAAUAGCCUUGACUCCUUCCAUGAGGCUUAUGUUCGAGAUUUCAAAUUUGCGUACUGCGACACCGGCCACCGUCUCAAGAGCUGGCAUUUUGUACAUCAACCCACAAGACUUGGGCUGGAAUCCUUAUGUUACAAGCUGGGUCGAAACAAGAAAGAUCCCGGCGGAGAAGUCAAAUCUAGUCAUGUUGUUUGACAAAUACAUCCCUCCAUGUCUAGAGACAGUCAAGACCAGGUUCAAGAAAAUCACUCCUAUAGUGGAAAUGGCGCACAUUCAGAUGCUGUGCCAUCUGUUAGACUGUCUGUUUGUCCCGGAGAAUACACCCGCGGAUUGUCCGAAGGAAUGGCAUGAUAUCUUCUUUGUUUUUGCCUGCGUCUGGGCCUUUGGAUCCGCCAUGUUCCAAGAUACUAACAUUGAUUAUAGAGUCGAAUAUACCAAAUGGUGGGUCAACGAAUUCAAGUCAGUGAAGUUCCCUGCAGGGGGCACUGUUUUCGAUUACUAUAUCGACAAAGAUACGAAACAGUUCACGCCGUGGACUGAAAAAAUACCUAAAUUCGAACUCGAUUCCGACAUUCCACUACAAGCUGUGUUGGUCCCAACAGCUGAAACUAUAAGAAUAAGAUUUUUCUUAGAUUUGUUGAUGAAAAAUAAACACCCUGUAAUGUUAGUAGGAAGUUCAGGGUGUGGCAAAACCGUGUUGGUGAAUGAAAAAUUACAGGGCAUGCCUGAAAAUUACGCAGUACAAUCUGUACCAUUCAACUUUUACACUUCUUCAGAAAUGUUACAAAAAGUUUUAGAGAAACCAUUAGAAAAGAAAGCGGGUCGUAACUACGGCCCUCCAGGCAGCAAAACCCUUAUUUACUUCAUAGACGACAUGAACAUGCCCGAAGUAGAUACAUAUGGGACUGUCCAACCCCAUACGAUAAUUCGUCAGCAUAUGGACUAUGGACAUUGGUAUGACAGGACAAAAUUGUCCCUGAAGGAUAUUCACAACACUCAAUACGUAUCCUGUAUGAACCCGACAUCUGGGAGUUUCACCAUCAACCCGAGAUUGCAGAGACACUUCUGUGUGUUUGCGAUAAGUUUCCCUAAUAAUGAUGCAUUGAAUAAUAUUUACCAUCUGAUCUUGUAUCAGCAUUUGACCAAUCCUGAGUUGAGGAUUAAUCCGCUGAUUACUAAAUUGUCUGCGAGUGUAGUGACUGCCACAAUAACCCUGCAUAAUAAAGCGUCACAAAUAUUUUUACCAACAGCUAUUAAAUUUCAUUACAUUUUCAAUUUAAGGGAUUUGUCGAAUGUUUUCCAGGGUUUCUUGUUCAGUACUAAUGAGUGUCUGGUGAAUCCGUCUGAUAUAAUACGCCUGUGGAUGCACGAGACCCACAGGGUGUACGCAGAUAAGCUCACCGAGGACAAGGACAUCGAUGCCUUCCUCAAGAUGCAAGUGGAUAUUUGCAAAAAGACGUUCGAGGAAAUAGAUGAAGCAGUUGUUUUUGAACGCCCAAACAUCUACUGCCAUUUCGCCGGAGGGAUUGGCGAGCCGAAGUACAUGCCGAUAGCCAACUGGGAGCAGCUCAACCAGCUGCUGACUGAGGCUAUGGCCAGCUACAACGAUCUUAUUGCUGCUAUGAAUCUGGUUCUAUUCGAGGACGCCAUGAUGCAUAUUUGCAGAAUAAGUAGAAUAUUAGAAAGUCCUAGAGGAAGUGCGUUGUUAGUGGGUGUCGGAGGCUCGGGUAAACAAUCCCUCUCUCGCCUAGCAGCGUUUAUAUCCAGUCUGGAAGUGCUACAGAUUCAGCUCAAGAAGGGCUAUGGAGUGUCUGAUCUCAAGAACGAAUUAAACGGCCUGUAUAUAAAAACGGGCCUGAAAAACGUGGGUAUAAUGUUCUUGAUGACUGACGCUCAGGUAGCGAACGAACAGUUUCUGGUUCUGAUCAACGAUCUGCUGGCGUCAGGCGAAGUUGGCGAUCUAUUCCCGGACGACGAGAUCGAGAAUAUACUGGCUGGAGUUCGGAAUGAGGUAAAAGGCGCUGGACUUCCAGACACGCGCGAAGUGUGCUGGAAAUUCUUCAUAGACCGUGUGCGGAGGCAACUGAAGGUCGUUCUUUGUUUCUCCCCUGUCGGCUCCACUCUGCGGGUGCGCUCGAGAAAGUUCCCCGCCUUGAUUAACUGCACGUCCAUCAACUGGUUCCACGAGUGGCCGCAAGAGGCGCUCGUGUCCGUCUCGAUGAAUUUCCUGCAAGAGCUACAUGUAUUACCUAUUGCUCUCAGAGAUUCCGUGGCACGAUUCAUGGCAUACGUCCACACGUCAGUAAAUACAAUAUCGAAGUCGUUCCUCGCUAACGAAAGAAGAUACAACUACACCACGCCGAAGAGUUUUCUAGAACAGAUCAGCUUGUAUUCCAAACUCGUGAAUAAUAAGACUGAGGAACUUCGAGCCAAGAUUAUAAGGUUGGAAAACGGCUUAGAAAAACUAGCUUCUACGGCGACUCAGGUGGCUGCUUUGAAGAAAAUAUUGGCAGUGCAAGAAGUUGAAUUGCAAGAGAAGAAUGAAGCUGCCGACAAAUUGAUAGAAAUGGUUGGCAUUGAGACCGCUAAGGUGCAGAGUGAGAAGGCUGCAGCUGACGAAGAAGAGGAAAGGGUUGCAGUGAUUACAGAAGAAGUGUCUAAAAAGCAGAAAGACUGCGAAGAAGACUUGAUAAAAGCCGAGCCAGCCUUGAUAGCUGCUCAAGAGGCUCUGAACACCCUGAAUAAGGCUAACCUCACUGAGCUGAAGUCUUUCGGUUCCCCGCCCGGUGCCGUGACCAAUGUAACAGCGGCUGUCAUGGUACUAAUGGCGCCGGGAGGAAAGAUACCCAAGGACAGAAGUUGGAAGGCUGCUAAGAUUGAAAUGGCAAAAGUGGACGUAUUUUUAGAAUCUCUGAUCAAUUACGACAAGGAAAAUAUUCAUCCCGACGUUAUAAAAGCUAUUCAACCGUAUCUAAAAGAUGCGGAAUUUGAACCAGAAUUCGUGCGAUCGAAAUCUGCGGCAGCAGCGGGUCUAUGCGCCUGGGUGAUCAACAUCAUUAAGUUCUACGAAGUGUUCUGCGACGUGGAACCAAAACGCAAGGCGCUGCAAGCGGCCAACGCUGAGCUAGCUGCUGCCAUUGAGAAACUGAAGCAGAUCAAGGCUAAAGUUUUGUCAUUAGAAGAAUUGUUAGCGGGGCUGACAGCGGACUUCGAAAAGGCGACCGCAGAAAAGAUGAAAUGUCAGCAGGAGGCUGACGCGACGAACGGAACUAUACAGCUAGCCAACCGACUGGUCAACGGGCUGGCUAGCGAGAACGUGCGAUGGGCGGAGGCAGUGUCUAAUUUCAUGCAACAAAGCACGACACUGCCUGGCGACAUCCUUCUGGUGUGUGCUUUCAUAUCGUACGUCGGCUGCUUCACCAAGCAGUACCGGCUCGAUCUGCUGCAUAAGUACUGGCUCGUCUUCUUGAAGACUUUAGAGCCUCCAAUACCAAUAACAGAAGGAUUGGACCCAUUGACGAUGUUGACCGACGACACUACAAUAGCGAUGUGGCAGAAUGAGGGGCUCCCCUCUGACCGCAUGAGCACAGAGAACGCCACCAUACUGUCUAAUUCAGACCGGUGGCCCCUUAUGAUUGAUCCACAGUUACAAGGUGUUAAGUGGAUUAAACAAAAAUAUGGAGACCAGCUCCAAGUGAUAAGACUCGGGCAGAAAGGUUACCUGGACACUAUCGAGAAAGCAGUCACAAAGGGAGAGACGGUACUUCUCGAGAAUAUAGGAGAAACCGUCGACCCUGUACUGGAUUCGCUACUUGGAAGAAAUUUAAUUAAAAAGGGGAAGGCUAUAAAAAUAGGCGAUAAAGAAAUUGAAUACAGUCCAAACUUCAGACUCAUACUACACACAAAACUGGCGAAUCCUCAUUACAAGCCGGAAAUGCAGGCACAAACCACCCUAGUGAAUUUCACAGUGACUCGAGACGGUUUAGAAGAUCAACUUUUAGCAGAAGUCGUCAAAGCGGAAAGACCUGAUUUAGAGGAAUUGAAGGCUGAAUUGACGAAACAGCAAAACCAAUUUAAGAUACAAUUAAAAACGCUAGAAGAUGACCUUUUGUCGAGACUGUCGUCAGCUGGCGAGAAUAUUCUAGGGGACACUGCGUUGGUCGAGAAUUUAGAGACUACAAAAAAAACUGCAGCGGAUAUUGAAAGAAAGGUGGCAGAAGCAAAGAUUACCUCCCAAGAAAUAGAUCAAGCCCGCGAGUUCUAUCGGCCCGCCUCAGCGCGGGCGUCUCUUCUGUACUUCAUCCUCAACGACCUGAAUACGAUCAAUCCAAUUUAUCAAUUUUCAUUGAAAGCAUUCAGCGUAGUAUUCCAAAAGGCAAUCCAACGAGCCGAGCCGGCGGACGAAGUCGGCCAGAGGAUAAAGAACCUUAUUGACUGCAUCAGCUACUCCGUGUUCCAGUACACGUCCCGGGGGCUGUUUGAAUGUGACAAACUUAUUUUCGCAUCGCAGAUGACGUUUCAGGUGCUCCUUAUGAGUGAAGAAAUAUCUCCAGUGGAAUUGGAUUUCUUCCUUCGUUUCCCCGUCAAGCCUCACGUAACGAGUCCCGUCGACUUUCUAUCUAACCAUAGUUGGGGCGGGAUUUGCUCAUUGGCGGGGAAGGAAGAGUUCAGAAACCUCGACCGGGAUAUAGAGACGUCGCCUAAGAGGUGGAAGAAGAUUGUCGAGGUCGAGUGCCCGGAGAGAGAGAAGUUUCCACAAGAGUGGAAAAAUAAAACAGCCCUCCAAAGACUAUGCAUGUUGAGAGCUUUGAGGCCGGAUCGUAUGACUUAUGCUGUAGCGGCAUAUAUUGAAGAGAAGAUGGGAGGAAAGUACGUAGAAAAUCGUACGAUGGAAUUCAGCAAAUCUUUCGAAGAGACAAGUCCCACCACACCUAUAUUCUUCAUCCUAUCGCCGGGGGUGAACCCCCUGAAGGACGUGGAAGCUCUUGGAAAGGUCAUGGGCUACACUGCGGACACAGGGAACUUCCACAACGUCUCGUUAGGGCAAGGGCAGGAGAUCGUGGCCGAACAGGCCAUGGAUGAAGGCAUCCAAAAGGGCCAUUGGGUUAUUUUACAGAACAUCCACCUAGUGAAGAAAUGGCUGCCCAACCUGGAGAAGAAGAUGGAAAGUUUCCAAGCAGGUUGCCAUGACGACUUCCGGCUGUUCAUGUCAGCGGAGCCCGCGCCCACGCCGGACGCGCACAUCAUUCCGCAGGGCAUCCUCGAGUCCAGCAUUAAGAUCACCAACGAGCCUCCUACGGGCAUGCAGGCAAACAUUCACAAAGCGCUGGACAACUUCAACCAGGAGACGCUGGAGAUGUGCGGCAAGGAGGCGGAGUUCAAAGCGAUCCUGUUCGCGCUCUGCUACUUCCACGCGGUCGUGGCCGAGCGCCGCAAGUUCGGGCCUCAGGGCUGGAACAAGAUAUACCCUUUUAAUGUCGGCGAUUUAACAAUCAGCGUGUUCGUUCUCUACAAUUACUUGGAGGCGAAUUCGAGAGUGCCCUGGGAAGACCUGAGGUACCUCUUUGGGGAAAUCAUGUACGGAGGUCAUAUUACAGACGACUGGGACCGGAGACUCUGCAACGCUUACCUUGAAGAGUUGAUGCAACCUGAUUUGGUUGACGGCGAACUACAACUAGCGCCCGGCUUCCCCGCCCCCCCAAACACAGACUAUGUUGGCUAUCACCAGUACAUAGAAGACGCUAUGCCGGCGGAAUCACCUUACUUAUACGGCCUCCAUCCCAAUGCUGAGAUUGGGUUUCUAACCACGACUUCUGAGAAUCUGUUCAGGACGAUAUUCGAGAUGCAACCGAGAGAUGCGCAAGCGUCGGGCGCGGCUACAGUCACAAGAGAGGAUAAGGUAAAACAAAUACUAGACGAGAUAAUGGAGAAGCUUCCAGAAGAGUUCAACAUGGUGGAGAUCAUGGGGAAGGUUGAGGAAAGGACGCCUUAUGUCAUUGUGGCGUUUCAAGAGUGCGAGCGGAUGAAUUACUUAACCGGUGAAAUGAAGAGGUCCUUGAGGGAACUCGACCUGGGGUUGAAGGGAGAGCUAACAAUAACGUCGGAUAUGGAAGAGCUUGAAAACGCACUAUUCUUAGAUCAAGUUCCGGCGAUAUGGUCCAGUCGAGCCUACCCUUCUUUACUCGGGCUGUCGGCUUGGUACGUGGACUUGUGUCUCCGGCUGAGAGAACUGGAGACGUGGGCCACUGAUUUUGUGCUGCCAACAUCAGUGUGGCUGGCCGGAUUCUUCAACCCGCAGAGCCUUCUGACCGCGAUCAUGCAGAGCACCGCGCGCCGCUACGAGCUGCCGCUCGACAAGAUGUGUCUGCACUGUGACGUCACCAAGAAGAUGAAGGAGGAGUUCACAAUCGCUGACGCCAGGGCGGCGCCGAAGGACGGAGCGUACGUGCAUGGUCUGCUGAUGGAGGGCGCCAGGUGGGACGUCCAGGCCGGGAUCAUCAUGGACUCCAGGCUCAAGGACCUGUUCCCGCUCAUGCCGGUCAUCAAUGUCAGAGCUAUAACUCAAGAUAAACAAGAUCUGCGCAAUAUGUAUGAAUGCCCAGUGUACAAGACGAGGACCAGAGGGCCUACUUACGUGUGGACCUUCAAUUUGAAGACCAAGGACAAGCCUUCGAAGUGGACCUUAGCAGGGGUAGCUUUACUGUUGCAAAUAUAAUUCCACAAUAUUUUUCUCUCUCACUCUUGUUACAAUCAACACUUUUACUAUUGUAGAUUUUAGAAAGAGCAAAGUAUUGUCUAAUUAUAAUUUGUAAUUGUAAGCUUUGGGGUUGUCGAGCUAUGUCGGACGUGGUCUGUACCCAUGUGAGUACAAGGUAUGUCCGUCAAUGUACCCAUCUGAGUACAGGUCAUGUCCGUUUCUGACUUGUGGUAAGGCAUUUUGGCGGCUUGAUCUUUAUAUUUAACAAUUACUAAGCUAAAAUGCCUUUAGGGUGUUAAAAUCUAUGUAUCUUGAUCUCCAUGGCGAAUGUACUUCCGCGUUUUAAUUUUGGAGCAAAUAAGAAUAGAGACAACUAAAGAUCGCUGCCAAGUAACACAACGGAUUUAAUUUUGAUUUUAUAUACUUUCCGAUUGCUAGGUGUAAAAGCAGCAAACACAAUAUAUUAAUUUACUUCAUUAUUGAAAUUUAUAAGUACUUUCCCGUUGACUCUGAAGCAAUAAGAGAAAUUGCGGAAUUCGCAUUCAUUUAACAUUCACCAGUAUAAUAUAAAGGUUUUAUAUGUAUUUCGUGUGAAUAUAGGAAGGUGCCGUAGCUAACUAGAGCGUUUCUAUUCUUAAUUGGUCUGUACAAUACUUCCCUGCAUAGCACAUUCCUCGUAUUAUAUUGAUCACUAGUUACUAUAUAUAUUAAACUAGUAGCUUGCCCGGGCAGUGCUUAACAAUGCGUAUUUAAAUAAAAACCAUGGGACAUUUGCUUUCCAAAAUAAUGAAAAAUUUAAAGACUAGUUAAAUUGUUUGUUUGGGUCAUGUAACCCAAAAAUGGAGUGUGACAAUUUGGCUUUUCAUUAAAAAUCAUAAGGGAGCUGAAUUGACUGGUAAAAAUAUAUAUUUCAUUUCAUUAAUCAAUAUCAGUUACUUUUUUAUAGUUGCACUCUUGUUUUAAUAUUUGUUGUUUUAAUUUUAGUGAUUAUUAAUAGCUUUCAUCAGCAACAAUCUGUAUAGAUAGUUCAUUCAAUAUGAUAUACAAAAUAUUUAUUGAUUACGCAUAUGUAGAUGAUUGACUAUUCUGUAACAUUGUUAAUAGUUUCGUUUAUAGUUCGUUAGUUUGAAAUCAAAUAUUUAUAUAAUAUGUACUUAAUAAUCUGUGAUUGAUUCGUAAUUAUUAUUCUGCUAUUUGAUUACGUGACUAAAUGGGAUGAAGUACAUUAUAUCGUUAUAUCUG